AUGAGUCUAAUAUUCAAACGGCAUGCCUCCUUCUUUGGCAAUUUGGGAGAAAGCGUCUCCAAAAUAGUACCAAAACCACACAGAUUUUUCAAGGUGACCAAGCCGGUUGGCUUUGAAAAGCCCCCGGUGCAUCUGAGAGAUCUCCCACGAAAGAAAUGGCUCACAAAGGAAAACCUCAAUGUGCCCAAGAGAAUCUGGGAUUUCUACUUCGACGGGAUCACAAGACGCACACGAGUCGACAAAAUCCAGAAAGAUCUUGCAUACGGAGGAAUGUACGAUUUUCAUGUCUACAUGAAGACCAAGGGCAGGCUCUUCGAGGCUCCUGUUUCAUACUUCAAGAAAGACAAGUCGCUUUUUUUCCCCAAUUUCCGGGCUCGCACGCUGCGCGAGCAAAACGUCGAGCUCAUGGAUGUGCUCCAGCAGGCCAAGGUGACGGUGCUCAAAGUAUACUCUGCCGACUCUGGCAAAGAGAUGGUAGCCGAUUAUUUCAAGAUCCCCGGCUCGGACGACAACUAUCUGUCGAAGACCGGCAUCGACGAAUUCCAGAAGGCCUUCCCACAAUCCCAGAUUGUGGAGCUGUUGCUGAGUGAGAAAUGGUCGAACCAUUUUGUCCACACGUACGUGACCCCACGCAAGCUCAGAGCCGAGGUCCCAGAAUCGCAGCACGACAAAUUUUUAGUCGCACUCAGAGACGCGGUUCUGUCGCGAGAGGACCGCGAAAAACUGCUAAUGACAAACACAUAUGCCGGAUACGUGUAUCUGAUCGACGACUCGUUCCGGAUCCGCUGGGUCGGGUGUGGCCAGCCGGAGGAGAAAGAGGUUCAGGGGCUGUGGAGAGCGCUCAAAGGACUGGAGAGAGAGACUGGGCGCAAAUUGGUCAAAACUAGAUAACCGCUGCAUGUAAAUAAUAGACCGUAAUUCCACCAGCUUUUCCAGUCUAUGGGCCAUACAUCCUCGGUAUAUUGCAAGUAUGCAAUCAGCCGGGACGGAAUAAAAUACUUCUACACUACGCUGCCACCAAGGAACCUGGCAAAGUUUCCCAGCAAGCUCCAAUGGCUCUAUUCCCGAACAGUGAAGAGACCGCUGUUGCAGCUGGUGGAGUAUAUGCUCGUCAAGCGGACGCAUACCUGUCAAAGCGUCUCAUUGCUCAUGAUUCCAUUACUAGACAGAAAUUCAGGCGAUUCCAGUGCUCUCAUUGAUUUGCAACAUCGCUCGUGAUGACCUCGCCGGCCAUGACAUGGGCCGAGUCCUGCGAUUCCCCCAGCUUGGACGUGCCUUUCUCUUUGUACGUGGAUACGGCAGGGAUGUUGGCCUUGAUGCGCGUGACGUUUGUGCCGUACGCGCGCGGCUCGAGGCGAAUAAGUGUGUGCAAGGGAAUCGACAUCCACGGCGACUUUUCCUGCGGGGAAUUCAUGAAAUAUGCAUAGAUACAUCUCAACACCGCCUGGUGCGUGAUCACAAGCACGUUCUCCUGGUUCUCCAGUUCCAUAAUGAUAGGCUCUAGGCGCUGGAUAACGUCUCUGUAGGAUUCCCCUCCUCUGUACCGGUACUCGAACUUAUUUUCGUCACGUGCUGCAAAAUCCUCAGGGAAUCUCUGUGCGAUCUCCUCGUAUGUCAGGCCAUCGCACGACCCAGCGUCAAGCUCGUCCAGAGCUUUCCACUGUUUCUUGGGAUUUGGCAGAAACUGCGCUGUCUGCUGCGUUCUCCUCAAAGUCGAGGUCCAGACCUCGAGCUUGUCGUGGUUGGGAAUGUAGUUUUCCACCAGGUCUUUGAGCUUCCGAGCGUACUUCAUUCCCCGUUCACUCAGGUCUGCAUCGCCCCCAAUCUUACCUUCAAGGUUGUACUGCGACUCGCCGUGGCGCGACAGCCAUAUGUAGCGCGGUUUGAUGUGCAGGUUCAUAAUAUAGUAGGCGAUUCUGCUCUCCAAGUAGCUCGCUAUCUUGUUGAUGAUGAUCUGCGAGUUGACGUUGAUCAGUUUGAUGAAGCUCAGCUCUUUUUCAUCCACUAGGUCCAUCGGCUCGUAGUGUGUCUCGUAGUACUUGAUUUUCGUGAGGAUAUCCUCCAACGCAUAGCCGGGCGGCUUACCGGCAUAAUCUGGGGACGUGGAGUUGAUGUCCAUUAUAUUCGACUUGACGAUCGCCUCGUCGUCACAGAAGCUUUCCAGAAACAGCGGCUCCACCUUGUUGUCUCUCAGGGUCUGCGCGACCAUUGCUCGUUUCUGCUUCGUCACGUUGGAACCGUCCAGAAUAGCCACACAUCCGUCCUCCUCGUUCAUCCACUUGAUGACGUCUUUUAUCGCAUCAAUGUUGGCCUGUUCACGGAUCACCUUGCUUUCUUCGUUGUUUGGGUUGAAAAAGUCCGCAGAAGGCUGUUCUCUGUACUCCUCCCGACGGUACGAAGACACGCUAAACACCCUUGUCUUGACCGAGAGCCAGGACAAGUACCGCACAAUCUUGUGCGAGAUAAACGACUUGCCACGAGCAGGCAGACCAACCAUCACCACGCACACACGCAGGUUGUCAACGUGCGAAACAGUGUAGAGGG